AUGCCUCCAUAUAAGAAAUUCGAACGUUUUCUUAGUCAGCCUGAUGGUAAUGGUAAACGAAUUAAACUUUCUCGAUCAAAUUCAUUACAACAUGUCACUCCUUGUGGAAAAAUUGCUAUUGUUGGCGUUGGAUCGCGUGGUUUAACUAUUCUAGAGCGUCUGACAGCCAUUUAUGAUGAACAACUUCAUUAUUAUGAAUUGGAUAUUUAUUUAAUUGAUCCUGGACGGUAUCAUGGUCAAGGUGUUCAUUCGUCAGAACAAAGUGACAAUUUAUUAAUUAACACAGUAGCAUGUCAAGUGACUAUGUUUGGUGAUGAAUCAGUGCUCAAUUGUGGACCAAUGAGAAAGGGGCCAUCACUGUUUGAAUGGGCUAAAAACAUCAACAAUGAACAAUGUAAAGGAAGGGAAAUCAAAGAAAAUGAUUAUCUAUCACGCGCAUUACUUGGUAAAUAUUUAAAGUGGUGCCAUGAUGAACUUGUAAAUAAUUUGCCCAAAGGUAUCCGUGUACAUCACUAUUAUGAAACGGUGAAUGAUCUUCAGCGAUUAAAUGAUGGUCGCCUGAAAUUGUUUCUAGCAAAUGAUUGUACACUUUAUGUUGAUUGUGCAAUAUUGACUACAGGUCACGGACAGAAUUUUCUGGACAAUGAAGAAAACAUAUAUACAAAAUUUGUAGAAGAAUGUUGUUCAAUUAAUCCUCAUUUAAACUAUUUUCGUUCUUAUCCACUAAACCAACUUCAGUCCAUUGAUAAACAUGCGAAAAUUGCUAUUCAAGGAUUGGGUCUUUCUUGUCAUGAUGUUCUAUCUGAAUUGACUUG